AUGACUGCGGUUGUUCAAUCAGCUCCGCCCGUUGGGGAAAUCAUAGACAGGUCGUUUAUUGGAGACGUUGAUCAGUGGAUAGAACAACUUUAUGAGUGCAAGCAACUAUCUGAAAAGCAAGUUAAAACAUUGUGCGAGAAGGCAAAAGAAAUCUUGGAGAAGGAAUCUAAUGUACAAGAAGUCCGUUGUCCCGUUACAGUCUGUGGAGAUGUUCACGGGCAAUUCCAUGAUCUGAUGGAACUUUUCAAAAUGGGAGGAAAAAGCCCUGAUACUAAUUAUUUAUUUAUGGGGGAUUACGUUGACAGAGGGUAUUAUUCGGUAGAAACCGUCAGUCUCUUAGUUUGCCUGAAGGUUCGCUACAGAGAGCGUGUAACUAUUUUACGAGGAAAUCAUGAAUCUCGACAAAUCACACAAGUGUACGGGUUUUAUGACGAGUGUUUGAGAAAGUAUGGAAACUCAAAUGUCUGGAAGUACUUCACAGACCUGUUCGAUUGUUUCCCUCUCACUGCUCUUGUUGAUGGCCAAAUCUUCUGUCUUCAUGGUGGUUUGUCUCCAUCCAUCGAUACAUUAGAUCACAUCAGAGCUUUGGAUCGCAUUCAAGAGGUUCCACACGAAGGACCAAUGUGCGAUCUUUUAUGGUCAGAUCCUGACGACAGAGGUGGAUGGGGAAUAUCUCCUCGAGGUGCUGGUUACACCUUUGGCCAGGAUAUAUCCGAAACAUUUAAUCACUCUAACGGACUUACCCUAAUAUCCCGUGCUCACCAACUAGUCAUGGAGGGUUAUAACUGGUGCCAUGAACGCAAUGUUGUAACCGUGUUCUCAGCUCCCAACUACUGUUAUCGUUGUGGUAAUCAAGCUGCUAUGGUGGAACUAGAUGACGACUUGAAAUACUCAUUCUUACAAUUUGAUCCUGCUCCUCGACGUGGAGAACCCCACGUCACGAGGAGAACUCCAGAUUAUUUCCUUUAA